AUACAGCAUAUAAACUUAUUCAAUUGUAUUUAGACAUUCAACAUAAUCGGACGCACGAUUUUCAUGUUUUUCGGUUUUUUUCAUUAUUUUCCGGCUUAAAAGUAUCACAAAGUGUAUAAAAUAUUCGCAAUUAGACGACAUUAAGACAAUACUCGGGCGUUGAUAAAUAAAUUUGGUGCAAAAGUGAAUCAAACUAGUUAAAAUCUACAAAAUAAAAAUUGUGAAAUACACAAAAAAAAGUUAAAUUCUUUAAAAGCGCAGAUUUAUAAAAAAAAAAAUCCAAUCAAAAUGAGUAAAAAUUGUGCUCGCUGCAAUAAAGUUGUGUAUCCAAUCGAGGAGCUGAAAUGUCUUGACAAAACUUGGCAUAAAACGUGCUUUAAAUGUACCGAAUGCAACAUGGCUCUCAACAUGAAAACAUACAAGGGCUUUAACAAAAAUCCAUAUUGUGAAGCGCACAUUCCAAAAGCGAAAGCCACAACGAUAGCUGAGACUCCAGAAUUAAAACGGAUUGCCGAAAACACAAAAAUUCAAUCAAAUGUACAAUAUCAUGCUGCAUUCGAGAAAGCAAAAGGAAAAUUGACACAGAUUGCCGAUGAUCCUGAAACAUUAAGAAUCAAGCAAAAUACCAUGAAUAUUUCCAAUGUCGCGUAUCAUGGCGAGAUUCAGAAGAAAGCAGCUAUGGAACGACAACGCGAAUUAACCGAUGUAAUAGACAUUCGAGAAAAUGAAUUUGAAUACUUUUCUGAAACGUUAGCUGCUGAAUCAAUGCCUCAUUAUCAGCCUCCUCAAGUUGAUAAGCAAAUUACGCCAACACAUUCACCAUAUUCGUCAGUUGAUGCCACAAAUAAUUACACAAAUAAUAACAGUCAGCAAUAUGUACCGUCAUCAACUCCACCAAUCACUGCUCUACCCCCACAGCAACAACAACAGCAACAACAAAAUAAUAAUGUGAUUAAUAAUAAUCCAAAAUAUCAGCAACCGCCUCAAAAUUACAAUGCUAAUAAUGGAAAUAGUGUUCAACAAAUGCGAAAUAAUGUAAUUCAUGGUGCUACAGUUCCAGUUGGUAUGUCAUCGUCGACUACGACAACAAAUCAGCAACAGCAAAUGCAACAGCAGUUACAACAGAAAUAUUACGAUCAGUAUGAGAACCAAAUGCGACCAAAUAAUGGAAAUAAUAAUGGCAAUCACAAUGGAAUGAGUCAAAGUACAUAUAAUAAUAAUCCAGCACAAAAGGCAUAUGGACAUCAACCGGCGAGUCAAAUGACGAGCAGUUAUAAUCAACAAAUGAAUUAUAAUAAUCAGUAUAAUAAUCAUCAUCAAAAUGGAUCGGCUGGAGGAGUUGGUAAAAUAUCUGAUUAUGAUCCCAUGACUGAUAGUCCUAGAAAUGUCCCACAAACGACACGACCAAACCAAACAUUAAUUUACAGCUCUGAUAGAGCUGCGAUGCAAGCUCAUCAGCAGCAACAGCGAAGAAUUGGUUCUGUAAAUGACAUUGAUCCUCUUAAUGGAUAUUAUGGAUCAAUUGCCGAGCAACAACAAUAUAUUCAACAACAGCAACAAAUUCAGCAGCAGCAACAGAUUCAACAACAACAGAGGCAAUAUGCUGAACAACAACGAUUGGCCGCUCAACAACAGCAACAACUUUAUCAGCAGCAGCAGCAACAACAACAACAACAACAACAACAACAGCAGCAACAGCAACAAACAAAAUCGGUGAGCAAAGUGAGAGUGUAUCGAGCACUUUAUGACUAUGAAGCUCAAGAUUCCGAUGAAGUAAGUUUUUCCGAAGGCGAUUUAAUAUUCGAAGUUAAUUCAAUUGACGCUGGCUGGAUGACAGGACGAGUUGAGCGUACGGGAAAAAUUGGAAUGCUACCGGCUAAUUACAUCGAGCAAGUUAUGAUAUAAGAAGCUCCAUCCUACGAUUUACUUUAAUAAUUUUAUUUUUGUCAAUUUAAACUAACAACCUUUCAGACCCGAUGUAUGAAGAAAUUAAGGAUGUAGAACUUUAUUUAUAAACUAAUAACCCCCUUAAAAAUGCUUUAUAAAUUUUUUGUAUAAUAUUAAUUGAAGAAAAAAAAAAGGUUAAAUCUAGUGAAGUUUGUUAUAGAAAUUAAACGUGCAACAUAAAUGAAAUUUUUUGUGAGGACAAUUUGAGAAACUUUUUUGCUCAAAUCAAACUCCACAAUUCUAUAUUCCAUCAGUUUAGUGUCUUUCUUUCACAAAAAAACAAAAACAAGAGUCGACCUGCAUUAUAUUUUCUUAUUGAAAAGUGCACUUACAAUUAAUAAACGAUUAUAUAACAUCUAAUUAAUUAAUAUGCAUUUGUUGCGAGCAUAAAAUCUAUAAUUACCAUUUAAUAACUAAAGACUAUUAUGAGAAUGUGCUAAAUAAAUUUUAAUCGGAUUUUCUUUUUCUUUUGAAUAUUUUUUCACUUUGGAAAGUCAAUUUUAAGCUUUUAAAAGAUUUAUUCUAAAGUUUCAUUAUAUUCUACUUAAAGCAUGACUGCAUACUACAUAUGGAAGAGCAAUUAACGGAGAGUAAAAUUUUUAUCAAUUAUUCGGAGUUGUUACUUGAAAAUAAACCCCUAAAUUAAUUAAUGUUUCUCGAACAUACACGUUAUAAUUAAUGUAAAUCCAUCACGUUAUCCAAAAGGUGUCAUUUUGUGUAUUCAUGUCACAAAAUAAUAAUUGAUAAUAAAAGUAAUUUUAAUGAGAAUAAUCAAAGUAGCAAUUAACUGUGAAGAAAGUAGCAACUCUGCCAAGAUUUAAAAAAAAAAUCAAAUUUUGUGAUUGAAAACCAUACAAAUGUUUGAUGUUUCUUAAAGGAAUUGUAGGGUUUUGAUAUUCUUCAAUAUUAACAAGAUCAUUAUUAUUAUAAAACCUUCCAAAUGUGUAGAGUUUUUAAAGGAAUUGUAGGGUUUUUGAUUCAAUCUUUAAUCGUUGAAAAUUUUAUAAAUUUUUAAAUAUUCAAGAAAUUUCAAGAUUUUGAGACUCUAAAUUUGUAUUAGAAAAUUGAAAACCUUACAAAUGUUUUAAAAUUUAAAUAAUUUGUAAGUUUCAAUUUUAAAAUAAAUGAUUGAAAUAUAAAACCUUACAAUUCCAUUGGAAACAUUUGCAUGGUUUUUAAAAAUUCAAAAAUGUAGCUGUUACAAAAUCUCAAUUCAACCGAUUAAUUUUAACAAAAUCAACAUCAACCUCUGGCUUUGAGUUAUCUAAGAAUAUAAAAUAAAAAGUUAUAAUCGUGUAAAAUGAGCAUUAGCCCUUGAAAGUCCCUCAUAUUGUAUAAUACACGAUUUUUUUACGACAUGAUAAUAGAGACUUUAAUAGAAAAUUUUAUUCUAAAUUUCUUGUAAACUUCCACGCUUUUGGCAUUUUUCUUAUUAACUCUUAUCUAUCUGCUCUGCAUGAGAAAUCUUUUUCUAGUUAUAUCGCUAAAUUAAUCGAUCAAAAAGAAAUUAUAUUUUUCCAUUGAGAAUUUUGAUGAUACAAAAAAAAUUAUUCUAAAAUAAAUAAAAAAUAAAAUUUGAAGUGGUGAUAAGUGCGAAAUUAAAAUAAAAUAAUGUCAAUUAGAAAAUUAAACAAAAAAAAAUUUAAAUUUAAACCGAAAGAAAAAUGGCAAGCUAUUUUAUUCACAUGUAAAUAUAGUAGAAUUUAUUGCAUUUUUUAAUCGUAAAUGGCAAUUUUUUUUAUUUUUAUGAUUCUUUAUUUUCAUCUCCUUCCUAAUUAAUUAACGAAUUCCUUCCAUUUGAAAUAGAAAAUGAAUCACGUAAGGGAUUGGUUCACAGUAUUAACUUCCAAUAAGAAUUGGAAUUUUUAGACCCUUUUCUUCUGUUAAAAAAAUUUGAAAUCAAGAAUUCACUUUUUCAUUAAUUUACUUAUAAAAUAAGUUUUGUUUCUUAAGCUGAGCGUCAAAAUUUACAACUUAGUCUAAAGCUGAGCGUCAAAAUUAGACAACUUUGUCUAAAGCUGAGCUUUAAAAUUUAACAACUUAUUCUGAGGCUGAGCGUCAAAAUUUGCAACUUAGUCUAAAGCUUAGCGUCAAAAUUAGACAACUUAGUCUAAAAUUGAGCGUCAAAAUUUACAACUUAGUCUAAAGCUAAGCGUCAAAAUUUGCAACUUAGUCUAAAGCUUAGCGUCAAAAUUUGACAACUUAGUCUAAAGCUGAGCAUCAAAAUUGACAUCUUAGGCCAAUAAAGUGACACUUUUAAAAAAUAUGAAUUUUUGGUAUCCAAAUUUUGUGAUAAGAAGGGAGGGGCGUCAAAAAAUCCAAUUCUUGCUGAACAUAAUCACUAGUAACCCCCCUUAAAAAAGAUAAUAAAUAUAUAUUAAUAAAAUAGUAGACGUUAAAGCUCAUUGCAAAGUAUUAAUGAUACACAAAUUUAUGUUUGAAAGUGAGAGAGAAAGAGAGCGAGAAAGGGAAUAAUUGUAAAUUAAUUAAUAUUAAAAUAAUUUUUUAUAUACAUAUGUCGUCAUACUUUAUCAAAUUCGAAACGUAACGUCGAUUUUAGCGAAAAAUUAAUUGGAGAAAAGAAAAAUGUGAAAAAAAAUUUUUAAUGUUUUUUGCUAUAAAUUCGAAAACAUUGAGAGAAUAAAUUCAUUCGUAUAAAUAAAUAAUUGUUGAACAAAAUAAGUCUCACUGCAUUUUUAAUCCUUACUUUCAGCAUCAUCGAUCGUACCAAAAGUUGUAUCAGCAUAGCUUGAUGUCACAUCUUUCGUCUCAUUAAAGAUUUCUUUAAAGCACUCCUUUGACUUGCCCAUAAUAUCAAUAAAUUUCUUACAAUCUUCUUCCCGAUCAGCCGUUUGUGAUUGAAGCUUCUUCUCUAGAUAGUCUAUACGCUCUGUCGCAUAUUCGAGUCUGGAAAUUAUUUCA